AUGGGGACAGCUCUAGAUGCGCUCAAUGCCCCUCAGAGCCUGACUGCCCGGCGUCACGCUGCUUCGAACCUUCCUGCAUUUGAACUUCCACCACCACCUUUGUCGCAAUUCGCAGCAAGCGUUGCUCAGAAAUACUCUUCCUACCCUGUAUCCAACGCUCCCCAGCAGGCAACAUCGGCUGUGAGCGUGGGCAAUCUUCUCACUCCACCGUCUAACAGCAAUUCCGAUUCCGCGAGCCCUGCUGGCGGUAUUCACAACAAUAGCAACCAAAACAAUCAGGGCAUACUGCCUUACACACCAAGCAGUUAUUGGCCAACUGGUACGGGUACGACACCAUACAACACCGGUUUCACACCCACAUGGCAGGGCUCGAAUGCUUUUUUCCCAACGCGUGGGAUGUUUUCUCCAUCACUAGGCUCACUCGUACGAAAUAGCAACAACUCUCCAUCGGGCGGCGAGGGUCAGAGCCUGCCACCACCGCCACCACCGCCGCCGCCACCAUCAUCAACUUACGACAUGAAUGUCCUACCUCCUUUUCAAUCAUCAAUGUCAAUGUCCGCACCGCCAAACUCGGCUGUCGCUUUUCAACAGCAGCAGCAAGCCAUGUCCAAUGCUAUGAUAUCGUCCCAGAAUAGCACAGCUACGACGAGUCACUCACCUCCCAUUAGCUCUUCAGAAGCUAUGAGCCAAAAGUCUGCAUCAGCACCAACCUUGUAUGGAGGUUCUCAACCAUCUUCGACGCCUCAGCAACCAAGUUUCCCGUAUGGUGGUCCUUCUUCAAUCCAGCAUAGCCCUCAUCCUGCCAGCGCUCCUCCGACCUCACGCAUCUCACCCUCAAUGGGACAUUCGCCUGUAAACAACACGCUGUCACAGGCACAUUUUGUCCGUCCGCCGUACCCUUCAUACUCGCUUCCUGCCAUGCAGGGUGCUAUCAUGACGAACGUACAUAGUCCCGGUAACCAAAUGUCGAUGGUCGGCAACAUGCAGCAGGGGAUGAUGCCACAAUUCAACAGUGGUUACGCUGCCAAUGCCCAGAACAUGUACAACAGCAACCCACAGCAGCAACAUCAUCAGUCGGUACCGAAUGACCGGCCCUUCAAAUGCGAUCAGUGCCCUCAAAGCUUCAACCGGAAUCACGAUCUGAAGCGACACAAGAGAAUUCACCUUGCUGUGAAGCCGUUUCCCUGCACACAUUGUGAUAAAAGUUUUUCCCGGAAGGACGCCCUCAAGAGACAUAUUCUUGUCAAGGGCUGUGGUAAGCGCGGUGAAGAGAGCUCGAGCAAGGGGGAAGACGCUGUGAUGAGAACCGAGUCGCAUAGCGAUGAUGCCGAUGACAGUACUGUCGCAAGCGAACAGGCCUGA